GAGCAUCAUGCCACGAUGUCUUCAAUGGCUUCGAUGAGAGUGCGGGGCGGGACUGCACAUCAUUCCUGCAAUGGGGGAGGAUGGGUCCGAAUGCAUCCAUUCUGCAUGACUCGGUUUUGCUUUUGUCCAGCCCAUCAUGCUUUAAACCCCCAUCCAUUCUCCGCUUCCCCAUUGUUCCCUCCAUCAAUCAUCAAUUUCCCUCACGAUGCAUUCCUGCUCGACAUCCCCCUUCCCGCCCGUGGAGAUUCCUCCGAUCGACCUCUGGACGUGUCUCUUCGAGCGGCCCGAUCGACCGUUUCCGGCGUCUCACCCCCUCUUUGUCAAUCCGGUGUCUGGCCGCAGCCUGUCCUUCCACGAGGUCCGUCAGCAAGCCCUCCACUUCGGCCAGGGGCUCCAGAGGCAGUGGGAUUGGCAGCCCGGCGAUGUGCUGGUCGUGUUUGCCCCGAAUGCCCUCGAGGUGCCGGUGGUGGUUUGGGGCACGCUGGCGGUUGGGGGGGUUGUAUGCCCCAUCAACCCUCAGUACCGCGCCGACGAGCUGGUGCAUCCCCUGAUCGACGCCCGCGCCCGCGCCAUCGUCACCACCUCCACCCAGGCCCCCGUCGUGUAUGAGGCCGUGGCCCGCGCCGGCCUGCCGCGCGACCGGGUCAUCCUGCUCGACCAGCCGUCGCCAUCGUGGGAGAAAGGGGAGACAGCGCCCGUGGCGGCGCGUCGGCCCCCCGUGCGGGAUCCCGACCAGGCGCUGGCGUUUCUGGUGUACUCGUCGGGCACCACGGGCCUCCCCAAGGGCGUCAUGCUGUCCCAUCGCAACAUGGUCGCCAAUCUGCUGCAGAACGCCGCCGUCGACCAGGCCCAGAUGGCCUGGGACCACGAUCGGGCCCUGGGAGUACUGCCCUUUUUCCACAUCUACGGCAUCACGUACCUCCUCAACUACACCGUCUAUUCGGGGGUGCCGCUGUAUGUUUUGCCGCGCUUCCAAUUCGCCCCCUUCUGCGACAUCAUCCAGCGCCAUCGCAUCACCUACGCCUAUGCCGUGCCCCCCGUCAUCCUGGAGCUGGUCUCCAACCCCCGCACCGCCCACUACGAUCUCUCGUCCCUGCGCCUGAUCGUCUCCGCCGCCGCCCCGUUGGCCCUCGAGCUGAUCCACGCCGCCCGCCACCAGCUGCGUCUCCCCGUGCGCCAGGCCUAUGGCAUGAGCGAGUGCGCCCCUUGCACCCACUUGCAGACUUGGUCCGAAGCCACCUCCCACCCUGGCUCCGUCGGCCGCCUCCUUCCCAACAUGACCUCCAAGCUCGCCCCCAUCGAGGGCGAGACCGGCCGCUCCAAGGAGCUCUGGCUCAAGGGCCCCAACGUGUUCCUGGGCUACCUGAACAACCCCCAGGCCACCGCCGAAUCUUUCUCUGACGACGGGUACUAUAAAACCGGCGAUGUCGGCUAUGAGGAUGACCAGGGCCACUUCUACCUCACCGAUCGCCUCAAGGAACUCAUCAAGUACAACGGAUUCCAAGUCGCCCCCGCCGAGCUGGAGGCCAUAGCCCUAGGACAUCCGGCCGUCGCCGAUGUGGCCGUCACGGGCGUGCCGAGCGGCCAGGCCGGCACCGAGCUGCCCCGGGCAUACGUUGUGGUAGCCAACGGGCAUGCUGCUGACCCAAAGACGGGGGAGGCCAUUGCCGAAUUCGUUGGGGAGAGAGUCAUCGGCUAUAAGAAGCUCCGGGGUGGCGUGCAUUUCGUCCCCAGCAUCCCGCGUAAUCCGUCCGGCAAGAUUCUCCGGCGCGAGCUGAAGCGCUUGCAACGCGAGGCCAAGCUGUAGCCCGGUGUUCUCUAGGCUAAAUCUUAUGUAAACGGAUAAUUGUAUGCAGAUGCAGAUGUAGACUAAUGUGGAGUAGCGUUUAUGAGACCGAUACAUUCACCACGACAGUG